AUGUCUUAUGAAUAUAUUACAUUUGAAGAAGCAUUAUUUUCUACUGAUGUCGAUAUUCUUACUGGUGUUUUGAAGUUUUUUUGUGAAAAAGGAAAAAGUGAACAAGAAACAGAAAAUAAGUUAAAAAUGUUUUUUAAAUUCUUUUCUGGAAGUAAUAGAAUGAUAGAUUUAUUAGAAUGGGUUAUUAAAAAAGAAAUGAAAGAGACACAAUCAGUAAAAUUAAUGUUUAAAAGGGAGUCAGUCUAUAAUACAAUUAUUAGAAUAUAUAUGGAAUAUGACAUCAAACAAUUAUUAGUUAGUCUUACUGAGUCAAUUAUUAUUUUAAUUAAUAAGAAUAAAAUAUAUAUUAACUUGAUGGACAUUUCUCAAAAGGUUACUACUAAAGAACUUAAAAAAUUAAAAGAAUUAAUGAAGUAUUUUAUUAAAAAACUCCUUUUGAUUGAUUUCCCAUCUAGUUUUAUUUCAUUUAUUUCAGAAAUAGCGACUGAACUUACUGAAUAUUUCCCAGGAGAAACUACUAAUGUAUUGACUGAUUUAUUACUUAAACGAUUUCUCUGUUCAGUUCUUGUUACAACAAUCCCUAAAGAAAAUAAAGAACUUGUUUGUAUGACUUUGCAGUCUAUUUCAUUAAUCUUUAAAUGGGUUCUUGAUGGUCAGUAUGAUGUUGACUGUUUAUGGAAGAAAGAAUUUAAACGAUUUGCUCAAACAAGAAGUUUAUUAAUUUCUAAUUGGUUAAUAAAUUUAUUUACUACGAACGGAAUGAAAAGCUCAGAUACUUCAUUAGAAGAAACAGAGGUAGAUGAAAAUAUGACUGUUGGUGAACUUCGUCAACAUAUGGCAGCAUUAUAUUUUGCUAAUCCAGAAGAAAUAAAAUUAUCAGAAAAGAAAGGAAAUAGUUAUUAUAAAGAAUUAAAAUAUGACAUGUUAACACUAAAAUCACUUGAUUUUACUCCUCAAUCAUUGGUAUUAGUUGAAUCAACAAAAGGAAAAAGUUUGGUAUUUAAUAACAUUUAUUAA